UCUCAAACUAUGCAAGCGUCAGCCAGUCAGUCACCCCUGACGUCGUUCGCACGUGUUAAUCGUAUCAAACAAGUUCACAAGGUCGAGGCUGUCCUGUGCACAGCCAUGGACUGGUGGGCCCCCCUCCGUCGGACACGCUGAAUGCUCGGAUCUUGCUAAUGAAAUAGCCCUGCUUGCUGACUGGGCGCGAGGGGAUGGGAUGGGACGGGCAGCUGACAACAUCGCACCCCGAAAUGGAAACAUCCCGAGCGGCCGCUCUGCCGAGCCGGGUGGUCACGGCGUGCGCGGGCUCCAGUGGUACAUAUUCCGAUCUGAUUCCGAUGCACCACACGAAUCGAAUCAGGCGGGAUACGUACGGUACGGUACAGUGCAGUACCACUGCCCCCGAGAUGGUCGAGUGAUGUUCGAGGACGGCUCGGUCGUCUUUUGAACCCAGCCUCGCUCGCCCUCGGACUUGUGGUGUGCGCACACGCGUCAGUCACGGACGACGGACGGGCGGUGAGGUCACAUCGUAGAUUUGGCUCAUCCACCGUUGAUCAAGUCGAGUCAGGGCAAAGACCCUCUGACCCCGCGCACGGGUGCUUCUGGAUCAUUUCUGCACCCUGGCCCAUCAAUAGUCCCCUCACCCGUCGACAAUGCGGCAGAACGGGCGAGCAUCAAGCCAGCGUUCAGUCUGUGCUUAGCAAUCGGGUGUGUCAGAGUGCCGAAGUGAGGAGCGCUGACGAACAGGCGGCCUGGGGCAUGCGCGGGGUAAGUCAGUGCGAGGUGGAGGCUCAUUGGAACCGAGAGUGGACUUGGCAGGAACGGAUGUUGCACGAACGCGUCUGUCCUUCGAAGGCGGACAUUGAAUGUCGUGAGCCUGGACCCAGCUCUGGAGUCUUGGCGCCACUGCGACGAAGCCAGGUUCAGCAGCAGCAGUCUGUCUGCUCACGAGCGGCAGUCGACAGAUGCGUCUUCUGACGACGAUCCCGAACGCAUGUAGACGAGUUCCCGGAAGCGGGCCACAAGCGGUGUCCCGUGGGCAUUCCAUCCAGUGUCUGUGCGUGUGAGCUGUUGACCGAGUUCACGCCCCUUGGCGAAAGCAGAGUUCAAACGGAAACGCUGCCUAACUUCGAGCGCUCACUGUCGCGGCUACGCGGGGGUCGCGCGUGAUGCCAAUCCUUCGAUUCCCACACUGAUCCUUGUCAGAUUCAGGCUCCGCUUUCGACUGAUAGAUCGACGUGGCUGUGUACGGUACCUUGGCCCAACCCGUCAAGCGAAGUCAUGGAAGCUUUUUGGCUUGGGCUGGAUUCUGAGCUAGUUUGAGCCCCCCCCGUCGUCGUCGUCCAGGAACGUGUGCGAGUUACUCUGUUUGCGAGGCGGUGUGUGUCGAUGGGCGAUGGCCCCUGGAGAUUCAGAGUCCGUCGUCGCUGAGGUGAUGCGCUCCAGUCGGCGAAACCGAGAAGUUGAAUUGGGUUCUCAACUGAGAUAUAUUAAAACUGGGUGAUCUCGGAGUUGCAGACGCCGUGAUUGACGAGAUGCGCGUGAAUUACUUUGCAGAGUUACCGGUACAAGGGGGGAUUGUAAGUACAUAGAUGAAUCGAAUAGUCUACACAGCGCCUAUUCGGAAUGUAUUUUAAAGCCAUCCGAGAAUUUUCGCUGCCUGUAGGUCAAGCAGAAUGAGGGAUCCAAUAAAAUAAUACAGACGGAAUGCAGGGCACAUUAUCGGGUGUGCUUGGUGCGGGGCUUGAUCUUAUUCCGCUUCAGGCUCAGCGGGCGCUCCUUGCCGCGCAGACGGGCGUACACGCCACAGGCGUUGCACACCUGACUGCCCUUCUUAUCGCGCCGCCACACGCUAGUCUGGCGCGUCCCGCAGUGGCUGCACUUGGGGCCCGUGUACUCGGCGUCUGGGAUGCGCAUGAUCUCGUCGUCCGGAUCAUCCCGGUCCGCGUCGAUAAGGGCCUGCGGCCGGAGCUUCCCGCGCUGCUGCAGAUACAGCCCGCACGCGUUGCACAGCGUCCGCUGUGUCGACGGGUCCCGCCGCCAGAGCGGCGUCGCCGUCGCCGCGCAGUGCGAGCACACCUUCUUCUCGUCCCCCGCGCCGCCCGCGCUCGACCGCCGCCGCGGUGUCACCAGCGGGGCCGACGUGGGAUCGGGGAGCGUGGGUGGGAGGAAGUAGCCGGACGGGGAGGACGAGGACGCGGAGGAUGUCGAGGACGAGUACGGCGACGGCGGGGAGUACGGCGAGUAGGCACCGCCGUGCGCACUAUGCAGCGCAGGGCCAUUCCACUGGUGCGGGGAGAGAUGCGCGUCGUGCCACAGCGAGGAGGAGGUGACUCGCUCGUAGCCUGCUCCUCCCCAGGACUCGUUGUGUGCAUUACUUCCGUACGCCAAAUCCGCGAUAUCAUGGCUCCGAGAACUCGUCGGAGGCGCGUCAUACAUGGGAAUCAGCCCGCUCAGAUCGAUGCUCGGCGGCUGCUGCGUGGGCGGGAACACAUCGGCGACGAGCGUGGAGAGCGGUGGCAACGGGCUGUGGAUGUACGAGUUGGAGUGGUUCGACGACGAGGAUGGGGUGGCGGAUGCUGGGCGACUGUACACGCCGUGGUUCGUGUACGCGCCGUAAUGUGACGGCGAGGGCUCUGCCGGGCGAUGGCCUGGACAGACACCGACGUUAGAUUGAGCAGGAGAUAAUGGAUACCCAGCCCGCGCACCUUGUCCCCAAUAUGAUCGUGGCAUGGACCCGCUGUUGGAUCGAGGAGGGUGGGCCGAGAGCAGACCGUGAGGUUCUGCAUCGCCAGGAAGAGAGCUGAACAAUAGACUUGGGAGGGUCAUUGGGACGUAAGUCGACGCGUCUGUGCGUUCGGGGGGUACACAGAGAACAAAAGAAUAAAAGCGCGUCCUGUUUCAGAGGGAGUGCUUAUAUCCCAGGGCCACCUGCCGUGGCGACCAUAUGCUUCCUGAUUGGCGCAUAACACGAGGGCUGAUCGAGAUUUGAUCGGCUAUCCCCAUUUGACUUCCCUGACUCCGCGCGGCUGAUCAAGACCUGACAUGUCAAGAAAGCCGCUACCGACGGAAACAACCCCCCGGGUCGGGCGAGUUUUGGUUCCAUGGUGGCAGAAAAGGUCGACCCCCGGAGUUUAGAUAAGCUGACGCUGAAGUGCAGACUGGAGCAGGUCUGACGGCGCUUCUGGUGUGUCCAGGGACUGCUGCAUCGUUCAAAAUAUGAUCAGGUGUCCAAAUUCACUCACCGAGUCUGGGAACGACGAGACCGGCCAGGAACGAGAGGGACAGUAUUCUUGGGCUCCGAGGAUGUCUGAAGCUGACAUGCUCCCAUCUCCAACCUUCAUCAAUCAAGGUUCUCCCGUGUUUGAAUGUCUGAUGGGGACGCUGGAACGAAGCCCAACAGCUUCAUCUCGGGAUUUAAUCACCACCUCACCGUGAUGCAACCUUACAAUGGAAAACAACCACAACGAGUCGUCUGAUCCGCAGAGCGACCGGCUGCUUAUUCUCGUUUUAUCCGUCAGCCGACUUUGGCGCCUCCGUGUGAGCACAGGUCCACAAAAAGACUACAUCUGCGGGGAGGCAUGGCUACGUAGCAACAUCUAGCGACCGUCGCCAAAUUCCAGUGACUGUGCGGGCGGAAAGGGCCAUGAUCGGCAGAAUUGAGCGAGAUCAACUCAGAAAACCAGCUGGAAAGAUGCGUUCGCGUCAGCUUUCACACAGUGUGCAUCGUUCUCGGGGCCGUUCACCGCUGGCAUCAGCGGGGAACCGCGGCAUAGCUCUCGCGGGUGAACGGGCCCCGAUUGAGUGGAUGCGAGCGGAACGAGGCGUGGGCUUCUGGAGGGCGGCCAAAGCAGUUGCACUGGACGGGUGCUCUUGUAAGCGCAGAAUGGCUGUUUGUCACAUGUGCCGGGUAACCAUUGAAAUGCCUCAAUCACAUCCAAGAAGCAAUCACAGAUCGCAGCUUAACCUCUGCGCUGCGUGGGGGGGCAGCCUGCGCUCGAAUCGCGGGACAGUCACCUGGAUAGAAUGCACACAUUUUGAUCGCGUCAUGCGCGCGUGCAAUGAAUUGAGGCAGGACAUGCAUGGCCCCUGAAUUGUGGCCCCCACCUGGGACAUUGUGCGCCCUCGGAUCGCGAGCCCCGGGGCGUCGCAACUCGACAUAACCGGCCGUGCUCUGCCUCCCGCAUCUCUCGCAACGGAGGUCGAUGCCCGGUCUCUGACAAUGGGUAAUCCUCGUCAGCUCGGGCCGGAUGUCGCGGAAGG